CCGUGCGUCCGGCCGCUGUCUUUGCGUCCGUCCGGCUGCGACAGGAAACCCAACACCGCGGUGCUGGGGACAAAGCGCUGAGCUGCCCCUCCUGCUGCCCAGGCUAUAAAACCUCCUGGGGGGCCGCCACUGCCCCAGCUCUCUGCCUGCAGGCGAGAGGGCACCAUGGCCACGGGCGAGCUGACGGAGCUGGAGGCAGCCAUCGAGAAGGUCGUCAGCACCUUCAGCAGCUACGCGGGCAAGGAGGGCAGGAGGGGCACCCUGACGGCCAGCGAGUUCCAGGAGCUGGUCCAGCUCCAGCUGCCCAACCUGAUGAAGGACGUCCCCUCCCUGGAGGAGAAGAUGAGGGAACUGGACGUGAACAACGACCAGGAGCUGAAAUUUGGGGAGUACUGGAGGCUGAUUGGGGAGCUGGCCAAGGCCAUGCGCAGGGAGAAAGCAGGGAAGAAGAAGUGAUGUGGCUGGUGGGGAGCAAAUAAAGGAGGUCUCCCUCAACCUGGGCUCUGCUGCUCUUCU